AUGGGCAAAUUGAACAUCCAAACACUGGUGUCCUAUGAUACCGAACAACCUGCCGAUUCCGUCGAAUGGUGCCCACAGGAAGGAUGGCAAGACAUAUUCGUGUGUGGCACGUAUCAACACGAGCGAGAUCAGGAAUCAUCGCAAGCAAACCGGAAAGGACGAAUACUAUUGUACCGGUUCGAUGUGGAAACUCCAGACGAUUCGCUUACGCUUCUGCAAACGAUCGAACGAUCGGCCGUAUUGGAUCAGAAAUGGAAUCCAUGUGUGAAGAAUCAUUUAGCUGUAGCGGGAGCAGAUGGAACAUUAACAAUUUACGCGCUAAUCGAAUCUACCGGGCAACCAAUGCUCGAACACAAAGCUACGACUAUGCUACGCGGGGAUGAAAGCAACGAUCGUAAUCUGUUGACGUUGGCGAUCGAUUGGAGCCCAGAUGGGAAGCGGAUCGUUGUAAGCGACUCACACGGUUGUGUGGAAUUGUUUAGUUUUGAAAAUGGCCUAAACCCCAUCCACGGAUGGAAGGUGCACGGCUUCGAAGCGUGGACCUGUGCCUUUAGUCGUCACAACGAGAAUAUCAUGUUUAGUGGAGGAGACGAUUGUUUUCUGUACACUCACGACAUACGUUGUCCGACCGAACCAAUUGGGAGAGGUAAAAAUAAAACUCAUUCCGCUGGCGUCACCUCCCUGCUGUCUUUUGCCGAACGGGAUCAUGUUCUACUCACCGGAAGUUAUGACGAAAAUGUACGCCUUUUUGAUGAACGGCAGCUUAGGGGUAGUGUUUCGGAGCUGCCUUUGCUUGGUGGUGUUUGGCGCUUACGAUCGAACCCAAACAGGGAACCGGAUAACAUACUGUGCGGUUGCAUGUACCAUAACUUUAGCGUGGUCCGACUCAUGCCGGAUGAUUCGUUCGAGUUAGUGGGAGAAUAUGGGGAACAUGAGAGCAUAUGUUAUGGGUGCGAUUGGCAACAGGUUGGGGGAAACUAUCGCUCUGGGAAACGUAUCAUAGCGACAUGUUCAUUUUACGACCAUAAACUGUGCAUUUCGGAGAUCAGCUCUUGUAUGCAAAGAAAUACAUAG